AUGACUGCAGCCCUCUCACGGAAUCAGGACUGCCCCUUGCUGUCAAGCCCCGCCAGGCUCCCUCCCUGCCCUGCCUCUCCUUGGCACCAAGUCACCAUGGGAAGCGUCAGUAGCCUCAUUUCCGGCCACGGUUUCCACAGCAAGCACUGCCGGGCUUCCCAGUACAAGCUGCGCAAGUCCUCCCAACUCAAGAAGCUCAAUCGGUACUCGGAUGGACUGCUGAGGUUCGGUUUUUCCCAGGAGUCGGGUCAUGGCAAGUCCAGCUCCAAAAUGGGCAAGAGCGAAGAUUUCUUCUACAUCAAGGUCAGCCAGAAGGCCCGGGGCUCCCACCGCCCAGACUACACGGCCCUGUCCAGUGGGGACAUGGGCCAGGCUGGGGUGGACUUCGGCUUGUCCACCCCACCCAAGCACAUGCCCUUCUCCAAUCAGCUAGAAAUGGGCUCAGAGAAAGGGGCGGUGCGGCCCACUGCAUUCAAGCCCAUGCUGCCUCGGUCGGGAGCCCUCCUCCACUCUUCCCCUGAGAGUGGCAGCCACCAGCUGCACCCUGUCCCCCCAGACAAACCCAAGGAGCAGGAGCUGAAGCCCAGCCUGUGCUCCGGCGCGCUGUCUGACUCUGGCCGGAACUCCAUGUCCAGCCUCCCUACACACAGCACUAGCAGCAGCUACCAGCUUGACCCGCUGGUCACCCCUGUGGGGCCCACCAGCCGUUUUGGAGGCUCGGCCCACAACAUCACACAGGGCAUCAUCCUGCAGGACAGCAACAUGAUGAGCCUGAAGGCUCUGUCUUUCUCCGAUGGGGGUAGCAAGCUGGCCCACCAGAAUAAGGUGGACAAAGGCCCCUCGUGUGUCCGCUCCCCCAUCUCCACGGACGAGUGCACCAUCCAGGAGCUCGAGCAGAAGCUGCUGGAGAGGGAGGGCGAGCUCCAGAAGCUCCAGCGCAGCUUUGAGGAGAAGGAGCUGGCCUCCAGCCAGGCCUACGAGGAGCGGCAGCGGCGAUGCAAAGAGGAGCAGGAGGGCCUGGAGCAGAAGUGCGCCAGCAAGCUGAAGCAGGCCUCCCAGAAGAGCCAGCGCACGCAGCAGGUGCUGCACCUCCAGGUGCUGCAGCUCCAGCAGGAGAAGCGGCAGCUCCGGCAGGAGCUCGAGAGCCUCAUGAAGGAGCAGGACCUGCUGGAGACCAAGCUGAGGUCCUAUGAGAAGGAGAAGACCAACUUCGCACCUGCGCUUGAGGAGACACAGUGGGAGGUGUGUCAGAAAUCAGGCGAGAUCUCACUCCUGAAGCAGCAACUGAAGGAGUCCCAGACAGAGGUCAAUGCCAAGACCAAUGAGAUCUUCAAUCUGAAGGCUCAGCUGAAGGACGCUCGGGGCAAACUGGAAGGCAUGGAGUUGAAGACCCAGGACCUGGAGAGCGCCCUGCGCACCAAGGGCCUGGAGCUGGAGGUCUGCGAGAAUGAGCUGCAGCGCAAGAAGAAUGAGUCUGAGCUGCUGCGAGAGAAGGUGAACCUGCUGGAGCAGGAGCUGCUGGAGCUACGGGCCCAGCUUGCCCUGCAGCGGGAGGGCGCCGCCCUGCGGGGCCUGGGUGCCGGGCAGGGCGCUGCCUUCUCCGAGGACAUCCCAGCCCUGCAGCGGGAGUUGGAGCGGCUGCGGGCUGAGCUGAAGGAGGAGCGGCAGGGCCAUGACCAGCUGUCCUCAGGCUUCCAGCACGAGCGGCUGGUGUGGAAGGAGGAGAAGGAGAAGGUGAUCCAGUACCAGAAGCAGCUACAACAGAGCUACCUGGCCAUGUACCAGCGCAACCAACGCCUCGAAAAGGCCCUGCAGCAGCUGGCCCGAGGGGAGGGUGCAGGAGAGCCUUUUGAGAUUGACCUUGAAGGGGCCGACAUCCCCUAUGAGGACAUCAUAGCCACUGAGAUCUGA